CAUACAAUGGUUUUGCAGAAGUGGAGUACAUUUUGCAGCAUCACUUUUCUCUCCAACGCUUUAUCUCUUUGCACAGAAACCCCAGCGUGCCAAUCAGAACCAUGGUGUUCCACAAAGAGUUCCAGACUGCAGGCAAGGAGCCGGGCCUGCAGGUGUGGCGUGUGGAGAAGAUGGACCUGAAGCCUGUUCCUAAACAGCUCCAUGGAAACUUCUUCACCGGGGAUGCUUACAUUGUGCUGUUCACCACUCCUGCCCCAUCCUACAACGUCCACAUGUGGCUAGGCAGCGAGAGCUCCCAGGAUGAGAUGGGAGCCGCCGCCAUCUUUACCACCCAGCUGGAUGACUUUCUGGGAGGCGCGCCGGUUCAGUUUCGCGAAGUCCAGGACAACGAGUCUUUAACCUUCCUGGGUUACUUCAAGUCUGGCGUGAAGUACCAGAAAGGAGGAGUGGCCUCUGGCUUCCAGCACGUGGUGACCAACGACAUGAACGUCAAGCGCUUGCUGCAAGUCAAGGGCCGUCGAGCAAUCAGAGCCACGGAGGUCGCCAUGUCCUGGGCCAGCUUCAACCAGGGAGAUUGCUUCAUCAUCGACCUGGGCAAGGACAUCUACCAAUGGUGUGGCAGCGAGUGCAACCGCUUUGAGCGCUUGAAGGCAGCUCAGGUGGCCAUCGAUAUCCGUGACAACGAGAGGAACGGCCGUGCCAAGCUGCAGAUGAUUGAGGAAGGAGACGAGCCACAGGCCGUCACAGAUGCUCUCGGACCCAAGCCCAACAUCGCUGCCGGAAGUUCAGACGAUGAAACUGACAGAGGCAGCAAACAAGGAUCCCUCUACAUGGUCAGUAUUCUCCUAUCAUCACACGCCGUACACAAACAAAUAGUGUUCGGAUCUUUAAAGACCUUGAAUCAGAUCCAUGUAGGAAAAAGAUCAAAGCACAUAUUAGGUAGGACUGCUUUCUGUAAACUCAUUGUAGGACCAAGUGCCAGUGAAGCAGAACGCAAAGCUGCCAUGAAGGCUGCCGACCAGUUCAUCAAAGAGAAGAACUACCCAAGGCUGACCCAGAUCCAGGUCAUGCCAGCAGGGGCCGAGACGACCCUAUUCAAGCAGUUCUUCUCCAACUGGAGGGACAAGGACCAGACCAGCGGCCCCGGGCGGGCCUACACCGUCGGCCGUAUCGCCAGCGUGAAGCAGGUCCCGUUCGACAUGUCCAGCCUGCACGGCAACAAGGCCAUGGCUGCCCAGCACAACAUGGUGGACGACGGCUCUGGAAGCAUUCAGGUCUGGCGUAUAGAGGGUGGGGAUAAGGUCCCAGUGGAUCCCUCCAACUACGGCCAGUUCUUCGGAGGGGACUGUUACCUGGUGCUGUACACCUACCGCCAGGGAAGCAAGGAGAAGCACAUCAUCUAUACCUGGCAAGGCCUGAAAUGUACUCAGGACGAGCUUGCUGCUUCCGCCUUCCUCACUGUCCAGCUGGAUGACUCCAUGGGAGGCAUGCCUGUCCAGGUCCGUGUGACCCAGGGCCAGGAGCCGGCCCAUCUCAUGAGUCUGUUCAAGGGGAAGCCCAUGAUCAUCCACUUGGGCGGAACGUCCCGGAAGGGUGGGCAGAGCCGGGUCGCUGCAACGCGCCUCUUCCACAUCCGUCAGAGCUCCACCAGAGCCACGAGGGCCGUGGAGGUGGAGCCUACUGCAGCCUCCCUGAACACCAACGACGUGUUUGCCCUCAAGUCCCCUCAAUCGACCUUCCUCUGGAGAGGCAUGGGGGCCAGCGAAGAGGAGAUGACCGCCGCCAAAUACGUCGCCAACUUCCUCGGAGGGAGUGCCACUGAGGUGUUGGAGGGCAAAGAGCCUGCGGGGCUCUGGUCUGCCUUGGGUGGGAAGAAGGAAUAUCAGACUUCCAAGAGUCUCCAGAAGACCGUGAAGCCCCCUCGCCUGUUUGGCUGCUCCAACAAGACCGGCAGGCUCGUAGCCGAGGAAGUGCCUGGGGAUAUCACUCAGUCGGACUUGGCAACCGAUGAUGUCAUGCUCCUGGACACCUGGGAUCAGGUCUUCAUCUGGAUCGGCAGAGAGGCCAAUGAGGUGGAGAGGACUGGAUCAGCAAAAAUUGCCAGCGACUACGUGGGCUCCGACCCCUCAGGGCGGCGCAAUAUUCCCGUCGCCACCAUCAAGCAGGGCGCUGAGCCUCCCACCUUCACUGGUUGGUUCCAGGCCUGGGACGCCAACAUGUGGGACACAGACCCUCUGGAGCGCAUCCGGGCCCGCUUCUAGGAAGCCACGCGCCCAGUUGCUCCCUACACGCAAAGCUUCACCACGUAAUCCAUGUAUUCCUGAACUGAAAUCGGCAAGGCAAAGACAACAGCAAGCAAAUAAUGGUUAUACUACAGCUUCAGUUGGGCAUAUGAGCAGUAUAGUGACGAAAGGCUGUGUAUUGAACCUAUGUUGCAAUAUAUAUUUUUUACUGCUUGUAAUACGAGAUUUUUAAACACAGGUAAACAUAGAUAUGUCUUCUUUAUAAACCAAUGCGCCAUUGAUCUAUUCAGAAGUACAAAAGGGCAUAGCAAAAUAUAUUAUAUUAGGCCAACUUUUUCUGUCAAAUGUGAAUGUGGUCUUAAGGAUUUAGAUUCUAAAACUUUUUAUACAAGUGUAAAACUGACCUUUCUUACUUUCAUGGAAUAGAAGUUUACUUUGAUAUUGUGACUAAUAAAGUUUUCACUAUCAAAGAAAAA